AUGUUUGAUGUUCCAACCCGACAGGCUCACAGUUUAAUCUAUGAGAAUGGAGAUGAUAAAGGGACACUGGACGAGAAGUUUCAAUUUAGAAGUCAAGGUGCGAGACCUGUUUCGUUAGAUACCCAGCAAAUAGGUACUGUUCUGAAUCGAUCGGGCGAUAGGGGUCCGGUUUCAAGGUUGAGCAAUGAAGGUGCAAGAACAGGCGGCCCCCAAGCAAAGGACCGGCAGGUUUCAGAUAUGGAAUUAAUGAAGGAAAGGUUUGCUAAGCUGCUUUUGGGGGAGGACAUGUCAGGUGGUGGGAAGGGUGUCUCAUCAGCUCUGGCUUUAUCAAAUGCCAUCACAAAUCUUGCUGCUUCUGUUUUUGGUGAGCAAUGGAAGUUGGAACCUAUGUCUGCAGAGAGGAAACUAAGAUGGAGAAAAGAAGUUGAUUGGCUCUUAUCUGUAACGGAUUACAUUGUUGAAUUACUCCCUUCUCAACAGAAAUCAAAGGAUGGAACAAAUAUGGAGAUAAUGGUAACUCAACAAAGAAGAGAUUUGCUCAUGAACAUCCCAGCCUUGCGCAAGCUCGACGCAAUGCUCAUUGACUGCCUAGACAACUUCAAAGAGCAUAAUGAAUUCUGGUAUGUCUCAAGAGAUGCUGAUGAGUCUGAAAAAGGUGUCCAGAGAAACGACAAAUGGUGGCUACCUACAGUUAAAGUUCCAGCAAAUGGGCUAUCGGAUGCAUCACGAAAAUGGCUGCAGUAUCAAAAGGAAUGCGUGAACCAAGUCCUGAAAGCAUCCCUGGCCAUAAAUGCUCAAAUACUAUCAGAAAUGGAGGUCCCUGAAAACUACAUCGAUUCUCUCCCUAAGUUCCUUUCAACCUUGGACUUGUCAUCAGAGCACAAAGUUCUUGACCUCAAGAACAGAAUUGAGGCAUCUAUUGUGAUUUGGAGGAGGAAGAUGAACCAUAAGGAUGGAAAGUCUACUUGGGGUUCUGCUGUAAGCUUAGAGAAGAGGGAGCUCUUUGAAGAGAGGGCAGAGACCAUCUUACUCCUACUCAAACAGCGUUUCCCUGGACUUCCACAAUCUUCACUUGACAUAAGUAAAAUCCAAUACAACAGAGAUGUCGGGCAUUCUGUUCUUGAGAGCUAUUCAAGGGUACUAGAAAGCCUGGCCAAUACAGUCACGUCACGUAUUGAAGAUGUCCUGUAUGCUGAUUCUCUCACUCAAGAUCCAUCACUUCCAGCAUCCAGGAAGAAGCAUUCAAUGGAUUCCUCACCAUUAGCAUCACCACCACCAGGGAGUCUCCUCAGUGCUAUGGAAGAGACAGAAAAGUUAAAUUCCCCAGAGACGCCAUCUUCAAUGACACUAUCUGACUUCAUGGGUUGGAAUUUGGAUCAGGGAGAGACAGACAUGAGAAAGAAUCUCUCAACUAACAACGUAAAUAUUUCCUCACAAGAUGAAAAUGAAAAGACUAACAGCAAACCAGCUAAUAUCGUAACCCACAAGAAGUUUUCCUACAUUGAAAAACUUGAAAAUUGCCUACGAAGUCCAACAGCUCGACAUUAACACUGUUGACUGUAGAAGCCUAGAGAGAAGGAGGUAGACAAGGUGAGAGAGGCAUGGCUGAACAAAAGGAAGCACAACCUAUAGUAGUAUAGAGAGUUACCUAUUGAAUGUAAAUACUCGGACUCUAGAGGAGCCAUUUAGUUUGUAUUUCUUUUGUUGUUCUUCCUUCCUUUUGUGGAUAGGGAAGUAUGAGUUAUUCACCACUGAGUUUGGUUUGUG